UGUCUUUAAUUAGAAUGGUAUUAGUUAUUCAGAUAUUUAUUUAUGUAUGUGCUAUGGUAAAUAACAAAGUUAACACUCAUCAGUUAAGAUUACCUGAACAGAAUGAGUUCAAGAACUGAUGUCCAAAAGUUCCAUCAGCUCAUAUACUUUUACCUGCACUUGGAUCUGUUACAUCAUGUGCUUUCUUAUUUUUUCUCUCCUGAACAUUUGAGGAUUGUUUCUUCAUCUGUAGCCGGAGCACACACACUCUGUUCCAAAACUUCACAGUUGGUGCGUCUGCAUUGUGUGAUACCCUUUUCUGGCAGUGUGAAACCAGACGGGGGGAGAGCUAUCCUUAUGGAUUGCAUACAUCCUACCCAAGUAAAAUCUGUAGAAAUAAUAUGCCGUAAUCUUUUAGACUAAAUUUCGAAGUGGUAGUAAUCUUGGAUUUGUAGGAAAUAGGUGUUUGCUUACCUAUUACUGCCCCAUGAACCGUCUCCAGGCAUCGGCUAGUGUUUAGCGUAGCUUAAAAGGUAAGAAAUUAGUCUUCCUCCUUAAAAACAAACACAAAUCCUCAACAAAACAAACAAAAAACAACCAACCACAACACAAGUGCUGAGCAGUGUGCUUUUUUUCUCGAUCACAGAAGGCACUGAGGCUGGAAAGAAGGAUCUUUAGAGGAGGCUCUUCGUUACCCAGCUAGGCUCCUGUUGUCCUCCAAUUGUUUUGUGCGUUUCGGAGUUCCGUGUAGGCGCAAGACUGUUGUAGGUACUCGUGUGGUGGACAGCGCUCUUGUCUGCUCUGCCUACCCUUGCUCACGGCAGUGCAAGCAGUGAAGGAGCUCACAAUACCGUUCAUGUUUUGAAGAUGGCGUGAAGGUGCUGGUUUAACGUGACACUAAAAGCCCGCCCUUUCACACUCGGACGCUUGAGGACUCGGGGAGGGAUUUAGAGCUCGCCGGCCCUUCCCGUCUCUUCGGGUCCGCUGCGGGCCGGGCGGGAGACGUGCGGAGAGAGGCGGCAGCGCACUACCGGCGGCCGGGCCGGGACUAUCGCCGGGAGGGCUCCGUCCCGCCCGCCCACCUCGCGCCGAAGAAGGGUGUUCCCGGGGCGGGCGAAGGGCGGGAAGGAGGGCGGGUUACCGCGGGGGGAAAAGCAGCGGCUGUCAGCGCAGACGGAUCCCGCGCUGCUGCCGCCGCCGCCGGCUGGGGCUCCUCGCCCACCGCUCGCCAUGGGGCUGCAGCCCCGGCGUGCUGCGGGGCCCUGCCCGCCGGCGGGGAGAUACGCCGCCUGGGCCCGCGGCGAGGAGCCGGAGGGAGCGCCCGGCCGCACGGCGUCCCUGCCGCCCAUCCUGCCGGCUCCCACCUCUUCCCCUGUCGCUGCCCGGGCGCAGCCCAAGAAGCCGACAGCGGCGACGGCGGCCCCCAAGAAGGCAGCGCCCCGGCCCGCGGAGGAGAAGGCGACGAGGAAGCCGCGCGGGGCGCCCCCGGAGCGGGCGGGCCCCCUUUCCAGCUCCUGGCCCUGCUCCUCCCUGCAGCGACAGCCGCCGCGGAGGCCGCCGGCCGAGCGCGGGGCGCGCCCCCCGCCUGCCCCACCGCAGCCGCGGGGCCGCCCGGGUGCGCCGGCGCCGGGCAGCCGCUCCUGCGAAAGCCUCGGCGGGGCGCCGGGGGAGACGGCGCCGCGGUUCUCGCUGAGCCUGCCGCCGGAGGCCGUCCGAGUGCUGCAGCGCCGCAGCCUGGAGCGGCAGCGGGGGCAGCCCGGGUCCGGCCCCGGCGGCAGAGCUACCCCGGCCCCGGCGCGGCGCGGCGCUCGGGCGGGCAGCGGGGACUUGCGCGCCUUGCUGAAGAUUUCGCUGCUCAACGAGAAGCAUCGCUACGACGACGAGGAGUACGAGGAGGAGGAGGCGGCGGGGGCCGCGGUGGACGAGGGGCUGGUGCGGAAAUGCACCGAGUGGCUGCGCGGCGUGGAGAGCGCGGCCGGGCGCGACCGCCCCGACAGGCUGGAGACGCUGCCGCACCUGAGCACUCUCUGAGCGCCGCCGGGGUACCGGAGCAGCGGGCCGGCGGGGCCCGGGGCGGAGGCGGGGUCGCCAUCCGAUGUCCGUAGCUGUUGUCUCCUUUGUGAUGUCGGCCGCGCCGGCGGCGACCCGGCGAGUGGCAGCGGGGCAACGGCCCGAAGCUGGUCCUCGGAGCGGCGCCGCCGCUCAGUUGAAGGACAAAGGAGAGGCGCCGGCCUCCGCCCGGCAGAGCCCGGGGGUCGGGAAGGAGAGGAGCUGGCUGUGGGCGUCGUCAUGUCCCGUGUUCCCCCCCCCUUCCCUCUGUGUUUUUUAAGACUUCUGACUACUUUGUAAGACGUGCGUAAUGAUUUUGUAUAUUUGUACAUAAAAGUUCAUUUUUAUUUAUUUGAAUAAAUGACUCAAUUCCUGUGUUGCAGUAGCCUUGGCA